UCCAGCAGGUAACGAGCCUGACAUGGAAAGAUGGCUGAGCUUCUGUUGGUUAGGCUCCUUAUCCUUGCUACUAGCCGUUUUGCUGAUUCUCAUCCCAUCCACGGGCAAGAAGAAGCUGCCUCCUGGGCCAUGGACACUCCCAAUCAUCGGAUGCCUCCACCAUAUCGUCAAACUCCUACCACACCGCGCGUUGAUGGAGUUGUCUCGUCAGCAUGGGCCACUCAUGCUCCUCAAGCUAGGUCAAGUCCCCACCUUGGUGGUCUCCGGAGCUGAUGAGGCAGCUCUGGUGAUGAAGACCAACGGUCUCGUGUUCGCGAGCCGGCCCGCCAGCGUGACGCAAAAGAUAUUUGGCUGUGGUGGCAAGGGCAUCAAUUUUGCUCCCUACGGCGACCACUGGCGCCGGAUGCGCAAGCUCUGCAUCAGGGAACUCCUUUGCCCCAAGCAGGUGAGGCGCAUGGAACGCAUCAGGGUCGAGGAGGUGGGGAACCUCAUCCACAACAUCGCAGCAAGCGCCUCAACUGGCGCCACCAUCAAUUUCAGCCACAAGAUGGUGGAGCUAGGAAACAACGUCGUGUUCCGGGCAGUUUUCGGUGCCAAGUGCACAAGUCAGGAGGAGUUCCUGCGGGAGCUGGAUACGGCGUUCGUUCUGCUGGGUGGCUUUUUCUUAGUCGACCUCUUCCCGUCGUCACGGCUAUUGCGGUGGCUAAGCCAUGUCGAGCGCGACAUGACGCAGAGCUGCAGCCGCAUCCACCGUAUCAUCACCAACAACAUCCACGAACGCCGUGUGGUGCGAGCUGCAGGAGAGGAAGCAUGUAGCACCGACGACGAGGUUCUCGUAGACGUGCUACUCAGGCUGCAGCAGGAGGAUUUGUUGGAUUUCCCUCUGACCACAGAGAUCAUAAGCGCCGUGUUAUUUGACAUGUUUACAGGUGGCACGCAAACCACAGGAACUGUUUUGGAGUGGACUAUGUCGGAGCUUGUUCGCAACCCAGAAGCUAUGGCAAAGGCACAAAAAGAAGUCCGGGAGGUCAUAGGCCGAGACCGAGCUGUUAUUACGAAUAACGAUCUUGCUCAACUCCAUUAUCUGCGGAUGGUCAUCAAAGAGGUUCUCAGAUUGCAUCCCCCAGCUACUCUAAUCCCCCGCAUGGCAAGAGAGGAUUGUACAGUUAUGUCCUAUGACAUCCCUAAAAACACUAACAUACUCAUAAAUGUAUUUGCAAUUUCUCGGGAUCCGAGAUACUGGGAUAAUCCCGACGUGUUUAAGCCAGAGAGGUUUCAGAACAAAAACAUCAAUUACAAGGGGGCAUACAGUGAGUUCACUCCAUUCGGGGCUGGGCGACGAAAAUGCCCUGGAAUUGAAUUUGCCCGGUCAGUCAUUGAGAUCGCAGUGGCCAACUUGUUGUAUCACUUCGACUGGAUGUGCCCUGAUGGCUCUAGCGAAACUUCAGUUGACAUGUACGAGAAAUUUGGGAUAACAGUAAACAGAAGGUUCAACUUGCAACUCAAAGCUAUUACUCACAAUUGGCUCACUCCUACACGGUUCAUGUAAUAUAUAUAACUGAAAGAUUGUUUAUCUAUAUGUCAAUAUAUGCUCACGUAUCUGCAUCUUCAGCUUUUAUGUCCAUAUUGCAUUGUACCUUUACGC